CGUUUCUGAACGCAGCCAUUACGACACAACCGCUCUCGGUGACGCUUUGCUGCGGUAGAGCCGUGCUCACGCGCGCAGUGGUCACGGAACGAUCGGAACGGAACACACGUGUUUUCGGAAAUUCGAACGAGAUUUCGGGAGGCCCAGGGACGCUUCUUGACGCCUCUUGACGCGCGGCGUCACGUCGCGCGGGUCAUCAACAACCCGAGUGUCCGGUUUGAUUGGUAAAUAGUAAAGUAAAACUUGCGAUUGGGAUAAAUCGCUCGAUUUCUCUCCUGUAGUACCUGUUCGAAGGAAAAUAGCCAACCAUGUUUGACGUAUUCGGUUCAGUAAAGGGACUGCUCAAGCUAGACAACGUUUGCAUCGACAAUAAUGUCUUCCGGCUGCACUACAAAGCUACGGUGAUCAUAUUAAUUGCUUUUUCGUUAUUGGUCACGUCCAGGCAAUAUAUCGGAGACCCUAUAGACUGUAUCGUGGACGAAAUACCGCUUCACGUGAUGGACACUUACUGUUGGAUCUACUCGACGUUCACGAUCCCUGAUCGAACUGGCGUAGUCGGCAAAGACAUAGUGCAACCAGGUGUUGCGUCCCACGUCGAUGGCGAGGACGAAAUCAAGUACCACAAAUAUUAUCAGUGGGUGUGCUUCACGCUGUUCUUCCAGGCGAUAUUAUUUUACGUGCCACGUUACCUGUGGAAGACUUGGGAAGGUGGUAGAAUCAAGAUGCUAGUUCUAGACCUAAAUUGCCCAGUAAUGAGCGACGAAUGCAAAUCGGAAAGAAGGAAAUUACUAGUCGAGUAUUUCGCUUCGAAUUGGCACACUCAGAAUUUUUACGCAUUCCGUUUCUUCCUCUGCGAAGUGCUAAAUUUCGUUAACGUAGUCGGCCAGAUCUACUUCAUGGACUUCUUCUUGGAUGGCGAGUUCACCACCUAUGGCUCGGACGUGGUGAAAUUUACAGAAAUGGAACCUGAGGAGAGGAUCGACCCGAUGUCACGGGUAUUCCCGAAAGUGACCAAAUGUACCUUCCACAAAUAUGGUGCGUCCGGUACGGUGCAGAAAUUCGAUGGUCUCUGCGUGUUACCGUUAAACAUCGUCAACGAGAAGAUAUACGUGUUCCUCUGGUUCUGGUUCAUCAUCCUGUCGGUGUUGAGCGGUUUGACCCUGGCGUACCGUGCCGCGGUAGUAGCCGGGCCGAAACUUCGCUUAGUGCUCUUGCGUGCCCGAUCGCGCCUCUCCAAGCCGGAGCAUAUCGGAACCAUCGCUGAGAAGUGCCAGAUCGGUGACUGGUUCGUUCUUUAUCAGCUCGGCAAGAACAUAGAUCCUGUGGUGUACCAGCAGCUCGUCGUCGAUCUUGCCACGAAACUACAGGGCAAAGAAUCCGUCUAGUUUCUUACAUACAUUCUUAGAAUUCCUCUUUUUUCUUUUCUUUUCCCCCGCUUCUUCGUUUUUACUAUUCGAUUCAUCAACAGAUCCGAUUAGUCGAGUCGAAUCAAGUUGUAGUUUACCGUAUUUUCAUUAAUGUAGUUAUUUGAAGAUCAAAGCCAUUUUGAAUUACGUUUAUUUUUCGUAUCUGUAACAUAUAUAUGGGACGUAUACGCGCAUUCCAACAAUUUUGGACAAAUUUUUCGUAGUUCAUUUGGCAUACGUGUAAAGUGAGUUGCCUUACCGAUCGUUACAUGAUAAUUCUCGAUCGGAAGUGCAAGUUCUGUUUAACAUAACAUAUCAAGCGAAGCAAAUGAAGAAAUUAAUCAUUUUUCUUUUUUGUCUCUCUCUCUCUCUCCUCUUUCUCUAUCUCUCUCUCUCUUUUUUUUUUUUUUUAGUUAAACAGUUAAACAAUACAUUCAUUUCCAUCUGCACUACAGUAUACACGAGACUAUCAAUAGUUUCUGUCGAUAGCUAGCGACCAUAGAUACAUGUUCGAUCCUACUCAUAGCCUCGUCACGUAAUUUCCUUGAAUCCUUUGACUUCGAUAUCAUCCAUAGAUCAUUGUUUUUUCCUUUUAGUAUCUUUUUUAAUACUACACAUUUUUGUAACUAAAUCUAAUUUACGAUCCAAUGUACACAAUGUCAAAAAUUGCGCCAUGCUGUUCCGUGAUAUCGUUAUCGAUAUUAAGAAACAAUAAGACGAAUACCUUAUAUUUGCUUUCAUUUUUCUAACGUCAUCGUUUUUAUUCGCGAAAAUAAUGUUUCCCAUCUGCUCGGUCGAUAUCGCUCGAUAAAUCUACAAGCAUUGGUAGCACAAAUAUAACGAGGAUGUAUAUGUGUGUGUAUAUAUAUUAUACAUAUCGUACAUACACACACGCGCAUAUAUAGCUAUAUACCUAUACACAUGCGAGAUAGAGGGAGAAAGAGCUUACAAGUAUUAAAUUGCUCCUAGACAUGGAGGCUUUGUAGAGAGAAACUUCGAUUGUGUGAUAUAAAAUGGGAGACGACACGACAUUUUCAUUUCUCUUGCCAUUCUCCUUUUCUCGGCAUUUUUUUUUCAUUUCAUCUCUUUUUGUCUUCUUUUUUUUCUUUCAGAACAAGCGCCUUUGCUUUUUUUUUAUUUGCUUCGAAUGGAUGCGUCCUUCCAUUAUUCUUUGCUGUUUUCUUUUUUUCUCUUAUUGUUGGAUGAAACAAUGCACGAGAGAAGGAGAAAUCGAAAAGUCGGGUUGUGCAGGUUUGUCGCGAAGAUUAAAUGGUCCCUCAUCGACCCCACUCUUCGUUCGAGAAUCGAACGACGCGUCGCUUCGUCUUCCUAGAAAUGUAAUUUUUCUGCUUACCAUAUUAUUAUUUUCUCAUAUCGUAGGCGUACAUCUUGUACAUUGUAGAAUAUCUUAUAAAAUAGAGAAUAUAUAUAAAUUUAUAUUAUAUAUAUAUAUAGAAAGAGGGAGUUCGAAAUAAAUGAGAAGAGGAGAAAAAGAGGGAAAGAGCACGCACGAGAGAGAGAAGAGUGAAUGAGAUCGAGUGAGAGGGAGAAGGGCAGCCAUGCAGACGGGUAGUUUAGAAAGAAAAAAUGCUGUAACGAAAAAUUUCCUUUGAACGUUUAUUUUCGCUUGCUUUUUCUCUAUUAAUACUUUUAACACAUUGCGAUAAUUAGAAUGUUAUAUACAUUUAUAUAUAUAUAUAUAUUUUACUAUACAUGGAGGGACCAAAAGAAAAAAAAGAAGAAGCGUCAAAAAAAGUCUACAGACUUUCAUCGAUGAACAUACGUAGAUUUCUUUUUCUCCAUCCUUUCUUAGUGUUACUUUUGCUCGUCCAUCAUUUCCGUUUCUCCUAUUUGAAACGUUUGAAACUACUACCUUAAAAUUGUCGUUAGUGUCGGAAUUAUUGUAAUACCGUCCUUUAUAUGCGACCUAAGUGAAAUUCUAAAGAAAAAAA